UAACGUUGUUGUCGAUGGAGCUUGUAACACUUAUUGAGCCUUUGCUUUGCUUGUACAGUAUUUUUCAACAAAAACAAUGUUUUGUUAAAACAAGUAACUCGUCUUUAUCCAUUUUCCAAACAACAACCAAAUAUUUUUUUCUACAUUGAUCUCUUUUUCGAUGAAUUUACUUUUCCAAACUUCUCAUAAUACUCGGAUAAUAAUCUUUAUUGUUUUGAUAUUAUUCUUUAUUUAUCACCUUCUGCCAUGAAUUUCAAGCACAACACCUGAAUUUUUUGUUGGACUUCUGAGUAUAUUGCUCAGUUGGAAGGUUAUAUACAUUUUCACCACUCCAAUUUUCCAUUCGGGAUACAUAUUUUUUGGCAGAUUCGUUAUUUUUGUCCGUUAAUUCUUAAAAUCACAUUAUAACACAUUUUUGAAGAAAAAAAAUUUUAAAAAUGAAAAAUCAAAGCGACAUUUUUCUGUGGAGUAUUGUAUUUUUUAGGUGGCCGAGCCAUGUGAAAUGCUCAUAACGAACUGUUUUUGGAAGAGUCAACGCAAAAACUGCACGCAUAUCUUCAAUAAAACCAAAACACAAUCCGGUUUCUGUUGUAGUUUGGAUUUAAAGUGAGUUAGAAAAACAAUGUGCAGUUGCUAUAUGGCAAUUUUUUAGGAACGACUCAAUUUCAGGUGUAGGCCCUAAGUUUGGCUUACAGAUAGACGUCGAUGUGGUGGAAGAAGAGUAUAUUUCCGCCAUCAAGCCAUAUUAUGGACUCGACGUAACUUUGCACCAACAAAACGUUUACCCUGAAACAAAGUAUUUGGGUACUCCAGUAGCAAUGGGUGUAGACGUUCAAUUGUCAGUUGUACCAGAAGUAAUACAGGCUACUGAUGAAUUGAAGAGAAUGGAUAUUAAACUUCGUAAUUGUCUGUUUCAAGAUGAGAGUACUUUGAGAUGGGACUAUCUUUAUAGUUUUCCCGGUUGUAAAAGUCAAUGCGAAGCUGACUCAAUAAGGAAACAUUGCAGAUGUAUACCUUAUUAUUAUCCUGUGGAAGAUAACGAGAGGAUUUGCACUCUGCUGGACUUAAAAUGCCUGAGAGAUGUUUUAUACUCGAAAAUGUCAGAAGAAAAUUGCGAGUGUCUUCCUCCUUGUGAAAAGUACAACUAUAAGUAUAAUGUCAACGCUAGGGAAGUAAAAACAAUAAUUGGUUACGACGAUUCUAUUCAAGGCAGUCGCAUAACAAUAUAUUUUGGGAAUGAUCAAUGUGUUAUGAUUGAAAGAUCUGCGAAUCUGACUUGGGAUGCACUGCUAGCAUCCAUUGGAGGUGUUAUAGGCCUAUGUUUAGGAGGAUCAGUACUCAGCAUUAUAGAAUUUGUCUACUUUUUCUCUAAAGCUGUUUUAUGCAAAAAUCAAGAGCCAAAGGAGACUGGGAGGAAAAAUAACUUAAUUAUGACAUCUUGGAAUCCGAAAUUGUACACAACCGAUUUCAAAAUAAGACAAACAUAAUCAAUUUUAAUUAAAUUAUUACCAAAUGAAUACCUAUGCAAUUUAUUGUAUUCACGAAAUGUUUCACACAAUAAAUAAAAGGAAUUGAGAUA